GGUGUAGCUGCCAUCGCUAGGCGAACCCGACCUUCCGCUUUCGCAAGAAAGAAAAGGAGGGGGAGCCGGGGAAGCAAAGCACAGAGGCGGCCGCCGCAGAGCAGCAGCAACGACGCAACCUGCCAAUCACAGGAGCCGACACAGAGGAGGAGCGAGGCCGUCCGCCGCAGAUCUGUUGUUGCGCUAGGGCUUCGGCGAGUAGGAGGAGAUGGACGUGGUGAAGGCGGCGCAGCUGUCGGGGCGGGCGCUGGAGCGGGUGGUGGUGCACCCGCUGGUGCUGCUCAGCAUCGUGGACCACUACAACCGCGUCGCCCACGACACUCGCAAGCGCGUCGUCGGCGUGCUCCUCGGCACCUCCUCCCGCGGCUCCGUCGACGUCACCAACUCCUACGCCGUGCCGUUCGAGGAGGAUGACAAGGAUCCGAGGAUCUGGUUCUUGGAUCACAAUUACCAUGAGUCGAUGUUCUCCAUGUUCAAGAGGAUCAAUGCCAAGGAGCAUGUUGUUGGCUGGUACAGCACUGGUCCAAAGCUAAGGGAGAACGACUUGGAUAUCCAUGCGUUGUUCAACAGUUAUGUUCCUAAUCCUGUCCUGGUGAUUAUUGACGUUCAACCCAAGGAGUUAGGAAUACCCACCAAAGCAUACUAUGCUGUGGAAGAGGUUAAGGAGAAUGCUACUCAGAAAAGUCAGAAAGUGUUUGUCCAUGUUCCUUCGGUAAUUGCUGCACAUGAAGUUGAGGAAAUCGGAGUUGAGCACCUUCUGAGGGAUGUCAAGGACACAACAAUAAGCACACUUGCAACAGAGGUCACUAGCAAGCUUGCAGCCUUGAAAGGACUUGAUGCAAGGCUCAUGGAGAUCCGAAGCUAUUUGGAUCUUGUAAUUGAAGGGAAGCUCCCACUGAAUCAUGAAAUUUUGUACCAUUUGCAGGAUGUUUUUAAUCUGCUUCCCAAUCUCAACGUAAACGAGCUGAUUAAAGCUUUUGCAGUGAAAACAAAUGAUAUGAUGUUGGUCAUAUACCUGUCUUCUCUGAUCCGAAGUGUUAUUGCCCUCCACAACUUGAUCAACAAUAAGAUGCUAAACAAGGAGCACGAGAAGGCUGAGGAUUCGAAACCAACCGCCAUUCCUACUGCUGCUGGGAGCUAAAUGUACUUGCGACACAUGUUAGCAGGGUUGCGCUCGAACCAAAUGCCUUGACCUUGAAUGGACAUUUUGAUGUUUAUUUCAUGUACGAUAAGGUCAACCGCAAGAGACGUUUUACAUUGGUCUGACCUUUUUUUUUUUUUUUGUCAUACCUCAUAGUUUUUCUGUAGAUCUCGUACUACUUCAUGUGAUGCAUCAUGUUCCGUGAUGUAGACUUUCUUAUGAUUGAUUUGUAGUAAAUCUAUGUCAUGCAAGCGAGAACCUUUUUGA